CCGCGAGUCGCGAUCCCGACACCCGUUCAGUGACGAAUAAAACGUCGGACGUGCGUUAUUGAACGGCUACUAAGUGAUCCGCCGCCGUGGCACUACGCACGCGCGCACAACCACGUCUUGUCACGCACGUCGUCGUAUCCAUCCAAGUACGCGUGCACACACACGUCGCCGACCGCUGCACUGCUCUCACUUGGGUCUCGUGCAGGUCUCGUCGUCGUCGUUGUCACCGUCGGGGCCCGAAGCGCCGAAACGGACUUGCGUGUGCCUUCCGUGUGUCCCAUCGGUUGUCCCACGCGUCACUCCGAGAUCCCGGCCACUAUUGUGCUGCAGCAGUAGCCGAGAGUAGGUUGUUCGGCCGCAAAAAGAUUAUACAAGGACUGCUUUCAAAGGAUGUCAACAAUUUUUCAUCACACUCUGGCGUAAUAAAACAAUGUUUAAAAUGUUCAUCUGGGCUGCCACCGUUUUACAGGUGAUAUUAGUGUCAGCUAAUACAGAACCACGAGCUUACCAUUCAGCACCAAACACACAAACUAAUUACAUAAUCACAUCGAAGCCAUUCACCGUCAGAGAUGAUGCGAACGCGGGAACAAUAAAAUGGAGACGGGACACUAUAACCGGAGCAUCAUUGAUUGGAGCAUCGGAUCCGGCCAAAAUGAAGUAUUCUAUUGAGUGUACAGAUAACAAUGAGUGCGCAGGUAUCGAAUUAGGAGGAUCUGACGCUACCUUUAAACCGUACACCCAGGAUGAAUUGAAUAGAAUACUUAAGCGUUAUGGUGAAGCGGACAGCGAGUCCGAAUCGUCAGACAAAAUAUUAUCUUAUGACGAUAGUGGUAAUCAAGAUAAAUCUAAGGCAUCGUGGAACUUGGUAGAUCCACAACAACAGAGUCCAAAAAAUCCAUACGACGAUCGACGAGGGUGGGUCACGUUAGAACCAAUGGCAUGGUCGUCAUCACACAUUCAGAAAUGGGAACCUAACAAUCGCCCAACGUGGCCACCUCCACCCCAAGAUCACGCUCAACCUGGGUACUCUCCUUGGGCUAGUAAUAGGCCUAUACAACGUCCCAGUAAUAACUAUAAUCAACCACAGCAGCAGCCAUCUGAUUGGACCACUGAGCGCCCUUGGAUUCGACCUACUUACGAUUAUUCGCCAAAACCACAGCACACUUCUAACUAUCAAAAACCAUCAGCCCCUCACAACUCGCAAAGUUAUUACGGAUGGAACAACGCAGAUCAGGAUAUAAUUACAGACGGAAAACCUGGACAAUUUCCUGCCGAUACGUAUCAUAAACCGUGGAAUGGUGACUAUGGACAAACGUCCUAUAGUGGUGGACCUAGGCCCACCGAAACCGAAGGAGAUGGUCAAUGGGUACUUUUGUCUAGCACUAAAGGUUAUUCAAUCCCACAUAGGCCGAAUCGUAGCCUACAGGCGAGAUCCAUAUCCAUCGACACAGUCAACAGACCAGUAGAAACCUUAAGCAGAACUGAUACAAUGACAGAUGGGUCAACAGAUUCGGUAAGCAGGCCAAUGUCAUCUAAGAGAACUGUGCGAUUAAUGGUAUUGCCACCAGAAAAAGGUUCACAGAACACAACAACAUCGCAUAACGGUAUGAUCGAAGUGGACGUGUCGAGAAAGUCUGUGGAUCAAGAGCAAAGAGAGUUUGCAGCUAGAGCACUCAAGGAUAGCGAAAACAACGUUCAAGCAUUUUCCGAUAGGUCAGCGAAAGCCAACGAAGAUCGCAGAGCAGUAUUGGCCGCAGUGGGUGCAGGCAUGUUACCAGCAGCUACUAUGGCAAUGUUCCUACCUAUGAUGGUGGGCAGAAAACGCAGGGACCUUAUGAAUAGACCCGAAGUAGUUUUGCAUCAUCACGUAUAUCCUAGAUAAAUCUUAACAUUAAAUAACCUGUAUUGCUUUUCUUCAAUGUCACGUUUAUGCGUUCCGCUCAAUGUUUUAUUUGAUGUUGUUGCCAAUAUCCUAAGUACUUUCUGAGCACUGUUAUGUACCUACACAAUAAUUAAUUAUUUAUUUAUUUUAUGAAAUAAUUUUAUUCCAGUCGUAUUUAAUUUAUUUAUUAAGUACUUGUAUACUGAUCGUUGUAAUUUAAUAAGUAGUAUCACAUUUAUUGUUAGAAUUAAGUGAAUAUUUUGGGUAAAAGUGAAAUAA